ACAAAAUACAUUACGGAGCACACAAGUCUGUCUCUUUCUUCAACUUUUAUUCCUUCUUGUAAAAGAAAAGAGAGACACAAUGGCGGAAAACUAUGAUCGUGCCUGUGAGGUAAAAGCUUUUGACGAGAUGAAGAUCGGCGUGAAGGGUCUUGUAGACGCCGGAAUCACAAAAAUCCCACGCAUUUUCCAUCACCCGCAUGUUGCCGUUACAAACCCUAAACCUUCGUCAACGUUAGAAAUUCCAACAAUUGAUCUUGGAGGUGGCGUGUUCGAGUCCACGGUCACGCGAAAGAGCGUGAUUGUGAAAGUGAGAGACGCGGUUGAGAAGUUCGGGUUCUUUCAGGUGAUUAACCAUGGGAUUCCACUCGAAGUGAUGCAUAAGAUGAAAGAUGGGAUACGUGGGUUUCAUGAGCAGGACUCAGAAGUGAAGAAAACGUUCUAUAGUCGUGACAUCACCAAAAAGGUUAAGUAUAACACUAAUUUUGAUCUCUAUAGCUCUCAAGCUGCGAAUUGGAGAGAUACUUUAACUACGGUUAUGGCUCCUGAUGUUCCACAAGUAGAGGACUUACCCGCGAUUUGUCGGGAAAUCAUGUUGGAGUACUCGAAGCGAAUGAUGAAGUUAGGAGAGCUAAUCUUUGAGCUUUUAUCAGAAGCUCUUGGUUUAAAAUCUAACCACCUUAAAGAGCUAAAUUGUGCAAAGAGUUUGUCGUUGCUCUCCCAUUACUACCCACCUUGUCCAGAGCCUGAUCGAACCUUUGGCAUCAGUUCACACACAGAUAUAUCUUUUAUCACUAUUCUUCUUCAAGACCACAUUGGAGGACUUCAAGUUCUCCAUGAUGGUUACUGGAUCGAUGUUUUUCCUAAUCCCGAAGCUCUUAUCCUUAUAACAAACGAUAAGUUUGUAAGUGUGGAGCAUAGGGUUUUGGCAAAUAGAGGCGAAGAACCACGCAUUUCAAGCGCAUCUUUCUUCAUGCACACCAUACCAAAUGAGCAAGUAUAUGGACCUAUUAAAGAGCUUCUAUCUGAACAAAACCCUCCCAAGUACAGAGACACAACCACGACCGAGAUGGCGAGACAUUACUUGGCUAGAGGACUAGAUGGGACCUCACCAUUGCUCCACUUCAGGAUCUGAAAAUAAUGGUGGAUUCAAAUCUUAGAGAAUCUCUACAAUAAAACUACAAGAAUACAUGUGGUAGUAUGUCUAUUUCACAUAUGUUAUUGUGUUCCCAAUAAUCUAUAGACUUAAAC